AUGCUGGGGUAUCGCCCUCCCCAGGGUACCCCCCUGGCCCUGCUUGUGCCCUCCGAGGCGCUUAGUCCGCCUGGAAGAGGGUGGGAGCGGGUGUACGAGGGUGGUCCCUACGCGGAACCCACGUGGGAACAUCUAGCUGGAAAUAAUCGGGGGUGCUGCUGCCGUUCCCCGGAAUCCCACGGCAGUUCAGCUCCAAGCUUUUCUUAUAAAGGCUUACGCGUGUUCACGAGUAGGAAGCAGGAAGCCUGUGCCCGGCUGUCUCGUGCCUCGCCGCAUUUCGUGCUGGUGCCCUGCGAUGGGGCAAGCCUGCGCUUUGGAGAAAGAGGUGGCCACGACCUGGGAACUUGCCCUUGGCUGCAGAUCUCCAAAGCUUCUCCGUGGCAAUACGCUGGGCAGUCGGAUGGCCAGGUCCAGCAAGAACAAAGAAACCACACCGCAGAACCUGUAAUAGAUGACUAUAAAAAGAUGGGGACUCUCUUUGGCGAGCUAAACAAAAGCCUUAUCAGAAUAGGCUUCACAAGGAUGUACUUCGGAGAACGGAUAGUAGAACCUGUAAUAAUUAUAUUCUUCUGGGUUAUGCUCUGGUUCCUUGGCCUGCAAGCUCUUGGACUGGUUGCUGUUCUGUGCCUUGUCAUUAUUUAUGUACAGCAGUAA